AUGGGACUCAUCAGUCGUGUCCUCAAGGUCACCGCCGCCGGCACCGUCGCCUCGGUCGGUGUCUUCUUCGGAGCCACGCGCAAUGACGUCUUCGAGCCCAUGGACGUCAACGAUCCCAUCUUCUCCUCGCCCUUCUUCCAAAAGUUCAACCCCGAGCGCAACCCUACUCUGCAUGACCUCUGCGUUCGUCGCAUCCCACUCGACAAGCUCAACCCCUCAUUGCUGGAGAAGAAGGGCAAGCUGGUCGAGGCAUUCUGCGCGGGUGUCUGGGGUGGCAUGGGAUACAUUCCCCAGCGCGCAUACCUCGCCAACAAGUACCAAGGCCCCGAGACUGCCAGUCAUCUUUGGGAGCGCAAGGACCUCCUUGCAAGCACCUACGAGGUCGGCACCAUCAUCACCGACCACUUCGAGGUUGUCGAGAAAACCGAUGAGAAGAUUGUCGUCCGCUGUGGCGCAUCCCCCCGCGAGCAAGGCGUCCGCCCCUCCGACGGUCUGUUUGAGAUUGGCGCAGUGGUGAAUCAGGACAAGGGAGAGGCCGAGUUCACCCUCAAGAGCUGCUUCUACCAGGGUCUAGGCAAGGCCGAGGCGGCUCCUAUGGGUCCCGUCAUGGUCUGGUUGCACCAACAGUACGCCAAGCUGUGGAUGGAGACUGCUAUCCUGAAGAACUGCGUUCGGUAG